AUGCGACCAGCAGUCCCUGCGAAAGCCUCCCACAAGGUCUACAGCACCCAGCGUACCGAAGUACUCGGCUCUCCGCAAAGUCCCAAUGUAGCCUCCGAUCGAGCCUUCAACAACCACGAUCACGGUUCUGUGCAGGAUCGCAUUCGGCAAUGGCAAGCUCAAGGUGCUGCAAGUGCUGUCGAUCCGGAUGCUCUGAGCGUUCGAUCGACGCCUCGGUCUGAGUGCGCUUCCUUCGACUCGAGGCCGAAGUCAGAUUAUGGGGAUCUAGACACGCCGAGGUUAGGACGCAUGAAAGAGAAGACAGAGGAGCAGCCGCGAACGGAGAGAAGCAGUAGUGCCCCAAGGAAGCGUAUCAUUAGUGAUGGUCAUUGGAGAGCUAAGAGAGACGCAAAAGACUCUAAGAACCCCAGGGUAACCGCGCGCGGACGGGUAGAAACCAAAAGAUACGACUUGUCAUACACUUCAAAUCAAGAGCAGCAGAAUGGACAGCCGCGGCCGCAUCGAAAGUAUAGCUUCGAGAAGAGCCCGGACCUGCACCAAAACUCUCCAGCGAAUGAUGGCAUCCGCGUCAUUCCAAACCCGAGUGCACAAUUGAACACUUCGAAUCAGGGCUCCCUUGCGGUUCCUGAUGCUGCCAGCUACAAUCAAGACGAGUCACCACGUGGUCUUGGGAUACAGCCCCGUUUAUCUAGACAGUUCGACGCAACAUCAGACAUAUCUGCUGAUGUCAAUGAAUCAAGGCAAAGGGAUCGACCACAGAGCAAGUAUGUGGCCACAUUGGGCAGAGCUCCAGUGGCACCUUCGGAAGGGUUGCGUUCGAAGAAGGCCGGGCUGUUGGGGAAAACCAGAGACAUGUUCUCGAAGUCGGAUUCAACAAUCCCUGUAAGCAAUAGGAUUCCCAGCAUUGAAGCCUGGCUCGACGAACAGCCUGAUCCUUUCAUGGACGAAGCGCCAACAGACGAACUUCCACCAGUGGAGAUGCCAGCGCCUCUGAGAAGACGCACUAGGAAGAAAAAGUCAUCGUUGGACAACACCAAGGUGCCAGAUCCCAAUCACAUCUGGGACUCUGUCCAAUCACCAGACGCGCCGCUCUCUUCCGAACCAAGAAGCACUCUGGAACCUGAAAAUGACAGGCCUAGACACUCUCCGCGGAGCGACCAAGAUUCGACUCCGAAGCGCCGUCGUCGUCAAAUAAGAGAAAAAGACGAUCCUGAUGGCUCACCUACGUCGUUACGCAGAGCAGGUGCGAGAGUACGACGGCGGAGAGAUACACCUGACAAAAGAUCGAUUUCUAGCUUCGAGGGAACAAAAGCCUCACAGCCUGAAAAUGAGCGUUUAUCGGACAGUCAACAGAUACUAUCGGCUGCAGAGUCUGUCGGACAAGCGGCCUUGUUCACCAAGCAGCAUGAGCUUCCGCCUUUGCCUCCCGAGGAACCCGACGCAGAUGAUGGGCCAAUACCACCACAGCUGGCGACAUCUAGCAACCCGGAAUCACGUCUUAAGCGCAGACUUACAACCCACGAGGACCUGAUGUCUGUCUUGUCAAUGCCGAGAGCUCGCAGAAGUCGGCGGUCGGCGCGCAGAGCAAGAAGCAAGCGAAUGGCUGAAGAAUCCGCUUCGGCCCACCAGAUCCUCGCAAGCUUGGUCUCAGACGAGCAAAGGUACAGUCGAGAGCUGAGGACCCUAGUCGAUGGAGUCAUUCCAGUUCUGCUCCAGAGCGUCCUGUCGAAAACGGAUGCAGCUGUAGCAGCAGGUCUGUUUUCAUCUGCUCUCAAUUCUCAGCACGACAUGAGCUACACAAAGCCUAUUAUUGAUAUGGGCAUCGCCCUGGAACGACUGAAAUCUUUGCACGGGCGCAUCCCCCUCCAAACUGUCGAAAGCUUUCUGAGCUGGGCACAGACUGCUCAAAAAGCAUACAGAGAGUAUCUCCAAGCAUGGCGAUUGGGGUUUCAAGACGUGGUGGUUAAUCUUGCUCCUCUCGAUAAUGCACCAAUGGAUCAAGACUUGACACGCGAUGAGGUUGGAGACUUGGUCGACAAUGAGGGCAAGAAGGUCGAUGUCGCGUAUCUCUUGAAGAGGCCGCUACUGAGGGUAAAGGCUCUCAGCAGGGCUCUUGUCCAGAUACGGGACCAAAGUGACAGACCUCUUGCAGCGCAGGUGGCGGACUCUUUCACUGAUUUGACGGCAUUCGCAAGACGACGGCACCAAGAAGAACAAGCGCGCUUGGAGGACGAAGCAGCUGCAAAUAUCGACGCUACAAGAACCAGAGACAUCAGAACAAUGGCGCCCACAGCUAACAUUGCCGUUGAUAAGACUCGUCGCGUCAAGGCACGAGAUUUCUUCAACCUUACAUUGUACCACUCUUCUGGGCAACGAAUGGACUGUGGUAUUGAACUGAUCUACCGAGACAAUGCUCGAGGAGAUGCUCCCGGGGGUGACGUACUCAUCUGUGAGGUUGAUGAUACCGGAAAGUGGCUUCUCUUCCCACCUGUUCAAUGGGGCUCAAUAUCUGCAAGGCGUGGCGAAGAUGAGUUCGAUCUUGUCAUAAUGAUUCGCGGCCGCGCUGGGCUCGGGAAGGAGUGGCAGGAGCUGUUGGCUCUGAAGACUGAUGACAAAGAGGCGGUAACAGAAUGGAUGAGUAUGCUCGGCUCAAAUCCUCUGCCACCAAGGCUCAACAGGGCCCCUAGUUUCGCCAAACGCCAUCAGCCUCCAAAGGACUUGUCAGUGCAUCAAGCUUUGAGUGAAAUCUCAUCGGGAAGCAGGACAGAAACACAGUCCAUUAGUCAAGGCUCAGAGCCUUCCAACGUGGAAGUACCAAUUGGGGAACCGUCGGUAUCUGGUGCACGAACUGAAGCAAGCCGACACGUAAACACCGAGAGGAUCACGUCUGAAAGGCCUUCCCUGAGGUUGAACCUUGGUGGAGGUCUAGCAUCGAAACCACGACCGGUACAGUAUCAGACGCAGGCUCCCCUUGCAAGUAGGCACUCAGUGCCAUCUAUGCUUUCUUCAGACAGAUCAACAAUCUCAGACAAAUCCAUCAAGACCGUGGAGACUGCAUCAUUCCACGGACCCAUCACUACUAAAGCUGAUUAUGUACCAGAACCGAGCCAGGUUACUAGGAUGGCAGAUCCUCUCAUCCCAGUUCGCUUACCCAACGAUGCUCUGCGUUCACCUUCACAGAAAGACGGCAUACGCGAAUCCCAGGCCGCGGAGCGUCAUGAAGGUCGCAUCUACGACUCUCCUUUUCCGGGUACAAACCAAGUCCCAAGGGACCUCAAACAGUCGCUGUCUUCUCCCGUUAAAAACUCUUCGUCAAAUUCACCAAGCAGAGACACAACUCCAAUAGUUACAGCGCAAGGGAUGCAACCUCAAAGACCGGUCUAUGCUCGGGCUCCUUCCUCGACUCCUUCAAAAGAUCUUCCCUCGGUUCCUAGGCUGAGACCGCAAUCGCAAGCAGAUAUUGGACCGGCGGGCUCUCCACUCACAGAACCUCUGAAGACCGGGCAAUUUCUGCCUGAAAAUAAACCGAAGCGAGGUCCCAUGCAGGAUAAAAGUACAACCAGAAGCCAAAUAUUCACUGAGGAUGUACCGGUGCCUCCACCAACCGCUCAAGUACGAGAAGGAAGACCUUCGCCAACCAUCAAAAGCCCUGCGCUGUCUCCUUCACCUUCUGCUACACCCCGUACCAUGGACAAGCCGCAGUCUCAGCUGAGGGAAAAUCAUCCGCCCGAGCUGAAAACAACACCUGCAUCUUCAGAAAAAGCACCAAGAAGAAGGACAUCUUCGCCUUUGAAGCAUGAGUACGCACCAUCCACGAGCUCGGACAGUUCGUCCGAUUAUGACACGGAGAGUGUGAGUGAUUCAUCCGAAACAUCAGAAGACUUCAGUACCGAGCAACAAGACAAAGCAACGCCUUUAAUAUCCAUCAAUCCAACUGAGAGAAGGCCAUCAAAACAGACGUAUCCUCCGUCUUCAAUGCCACUUGCGAUUCGCUCACAUCCUCCGUCCUCCAUGCAAUCCACCGGGACGAGAACAUUAGCACCCUCGGAUUCAGCUUCCCAAGGGCCAUAUCGAAGAGUUCCCUCCUCCAAUGUUGUGCCUGCUGACAAGAAGAAAAGAGCAGCGGCACUGAUAUGUUCAUGGUCUGAUAAAGGUGCAUGGGAGAUGAUACACCCAGAUGAGUGCUCGAUAGUCAUAACGCCAGGCUUGAUCGAGGCAUUCGAAAUGUCUGCAGAACACUCAAACCCCGGCGUGUCAAGUUUAGAUAAGUCGCUUCCAGGAACGACUACUCCCACCCAACAGCCUCUCGUUGGGUUCGAACUUACACCUCUCGUGAUGCUCCGGAAAGGCGCUGCGCUUGAUAUCCAAAUUCGCUCUCCGCCAACCCCAAAUUCACGCAUUCGCACAAGCAGCAACAUCAUGUUUCGUUCUAGCAAUCUCCAAGCGUGUGAGGCACUUUAUAGUAUGAUCAACUGGGCACGCUGCAACAACCCUACAUAUAUCGAACUUGAACGCGCAAGACCGCACCAGCCCAGUGUGACAUUCAACGUCAACUCUUCUGACCAAACUCGAUCGCGUGCAUCAUCAUGGUUCAGCUUCGGCAGUGCCAAGAAAUCAAGUUAUCGGGCCUCAUCGGCGCCUACGCCAGCGAGCAUUGAUGUUUCUGUCGAAAGCUCGGGGACGAUGGCCAGCGCGUUCUCAGCCCUAAGGCGUUUCAGCGCAAAGCCUGCAUUCAACAUUAAUCGGUCGUCCGUUGUACGAAGGGAUACAGGCACAACAGGCCCUUCACUUUAUUCAUCAAGCAGUGGUACUCGCACAGGCACAGGCUCCGGCUCGAGUACUCCGGCUCCCAGUCAAGUGGGCUUUGUGCCCGGAAAAGAUGGACCAAACGUUCCCGCAACCAGUGCCGAUGCGGCAAAUGGCGGCGGCAUGGUGAAUAACAUGAAGAUACGCCUCUAUAUGCGCAAAGGUCAGCACUGGGAGAACAUGGGUGGUGCGAGAUUGAGUGUGUUACCGGCUCCAGCAUCUGUCCCUGCCGCUGAGCAAGACAGCAGCAGAAGUGUGAGUGUGGCCCCUUCGCCCCCAGCAACGCCCGCACAUGCGCACUCACGAUCACCGUCGACCGUCGAGCCAGGAUCGGCACGGCGUGGCCCGAGACUUCCCAGUUCCAACCAUACUCCGCAUCGAGUUCACGGCAAUGGACGCGAGAAACGCGUUCUCAUUGUACGCAACAAGGCGCCGGACGUGGUCCUUCUCGAUGCUGUACUGGGGGAAUCUUGCUUCGAACGGAUCAUGCAGACAGGCAUCGCGGUCAAGGUGUGGAAAGAGGACGAAGUUAUUGGGCAUACAGGCGGUGUCAUGAUGGGACGGGAGACAGUGUAUAUGCUGCAGUUUGCGAGUAACAAGGAAGCUGGUUGGGUAUUUGGCCUUUGUGGAUCGUACAGAUAUGGAUUUACGGGUGAAUGA